UAGAUUAAUCAGACAGACAGAAUGGAUGGUUACUUCAAUCGCUUUUGGUCUUGAUGUUUUUGUAAUUUAUGUAUGACUGUAUAUAAAUAAAUUUGAAAUAGAUAUUUUAUUAGUAUUAUAAAUUUUACUGCUAUAUUAAAAUGGAAUAUAUGAACUAAUUAUUUUAUCACUAUGUAUUUCUAUGAACGCUUUUGUGUGUGGCUCGGUCAUCUAAAAUUAUCUCGUGUUAUAAUAUUAGUAUCGGUGAUAUUAUUUGUCGUUCCACUUUUCACCCACUAUUAUUUAUCCAAGUAUGAAACCACACUUGGGUCAAUUGGGGGCAACCACAUGCGGCAUACACUGGAGGCUCUUGGAGAUAUUUCCACAAUGAAUGUUGCUGAUCUAAAAGUUAGAAUUGAAGAAAUGUUGAGGAUUAAGGCAUCAGUAUCAACCGAACUCCGGGAGCUAGAAGCGCGUCGUGGCCGGCUGCAAAGGGAGGCAGCAGCAGCGAGUGCCAAAGCAGACAGUGCUAAAGCUGAGCACGCCCGCGCCGCCGCCGAGCUGCAGCGACUGCGCGUGUCUGCUGACCAGGCGCGACUGGCGCAGCUCGAGGCCAGCCGUCGCGACUCCCCGGAACUGGCACCUCCCAAACAAAUCCUACCUUCACGCCCACCUUCUAUACUCCCACCAGUAGAGAAAUCAUCAGAAGUACAUUGUAGAAUGUUUUCCUGUUUUGACCAUUCUCGCUGCUCUCUCACUUCAGGAUUCCCUGUAUAUUUCUAUGAUCCUGACGUAUUUGCUCCGCUGGCGGGUGCGGAAGUCGAUGGAUUCUUGAAAACUACACUUCGCCAAACAUUGGGCUACAAUACCCACCUCACCCAUGAUCCCAAUGAAGCCUGCAUAUAUCUCGUACUUGUUGGAGAGGCAUUUCCUUAUGAGAAAAGUGCUGUUUCCACAACAGAGUCGUACAAGCUGUACAUAAACGAGACAGCACUAAAGCAGUUGCCGUACUGGGGCGGCGACGGGCGCAACCACGUGCUGCUGAACCUCGCGCGCCGCUCGCUGUGGGUGGGCGCCGGCGACGCGCUGCGGGGCGCCGGCGCCGGCGCCGGCCGCGCACUCGUCGCGCAGUCCACCUUCACGCUGGCGCGCUUCCGACCGGGUUUUGAUAUAGUGACCCCGCCCGCGCUGGGCCCCCCCGGCGGCGACGUGUGGCUGGACGCCGCGCCGCUGGCGCCCGCUCGCAGGAAGUACUUGCUCAGUUUUCAGGGCUCGCAACCACCGGCGAUGGCAACGGAUAAAGAUCAUGAUAAAUCGCUGAUAGAUUUCUUACAAAAUGUAGCCAGUUCGGCGACCACGCAAGACGCCUUCUUCCUACAAUUUGAGUGCGACCCGCCUGUUGAGAAGAAGUCAGUUUUGCCCAUCGGAGACUGGGCGUUGUGCGGUACGGAUAGAUCUCGACGGGCGAUACUGCGAGACUCCACUUUUGUACUGAUAUUAGCCCCUGGGGAUCGCAGUUAUACUACGACAGCGCUGUUACAAGCGAGGCUCUAUGAAGCGCUGCGUUCUGGCGCGAUUCCUGUCAUACUAGGAGGCGAUAGGAUUCGUUUGCCUUAUGAUGAAGUUCUAGACUGGCGUCGCGCAGCUGUGUCAUUACCCAAGGCGCGCGUAACAGAAAUGCACUUCUUACUGCGAGCGAUGUCUGAUGCGGACUUGCUAAUGUUUAGAAGGCAAGGUCGCGUGUUGUGGGAGAGGUAUUUGAGUUCGGUGCAAGCGAGUGUCGACUCUCUGCUAGCGGUGAUAAGGAGCAGAUUGAAUAUACCGCCGCGGCCAGCGGCAGCGGUGACGGGCGCUCCUGGGUUCAACGACACGUAUACCCCGCCGAAGUCGGAGCCGGCGCCGGUGGACACGGAGCAGGACGAGACCCUGGGGCCCUUGGAGGCGCCCUACCCCAGUCCAGCGUAUAAACGGAAUUAUACACUGGGACUGCUGCACGGGUACGAAUUGUGGAACGAGUGGGGAGAACCAUUCACGCUUUACCCGCAGUUGCCGUGGGACCCGGCGGUGACGUCGGAGGCGCGGUUCGUGGGGUCGGGCGCGGGGUUCCGGGCGCUGGGCGCGGGCGCCGGCGGCGCUGGGCGGGAGCUGGCGGAGGCGCUGGGCGGAGACCGGCCUCGGGAACAGUUCACCGUCGUCAUCCUCACCUACGAGCGCGAAGCCGUGCUCGCCGCCGCGCUGGCUCGUCUCCGCGGACUGCCUUACCUCAAUAAGGUGGUGGUAGUCUGGAACGGCCCGUCGUCCCCGGCGGCUGUGGCCAGCUGGCCGGAGUCCGGCGCUCCGGUGGCAGUGGUGAGGGCCUCCAGGAACUCACUCAACAACCGCUUUCUGCCCUACCACCUCAUCGACACUGAGGCGGUGCUGUGUGUCGACGACGACGCGCAUUUGAGGCACGACGAGAUUGUCUUCGCUUUUAGAGUAUGGCGUGAACAUCGAGACCGCAUUGUUGGUUUUCCUGGUAGAUAUCACGCUUGGGAUCUCAAUUUCAACAAUGGAUUUCUUUAUAACUCAAAUUACAGCUGUGAGCUGAGCAUGGUGCUGACGGGCGCGGCGUUCGUGCACCGCUACUACCUGUGGGCGUACUGGCGCGCGCUGCCGGCCGCCGUGCGGGAUUUCGUGGACGAGUACAUGAACUGCGAGGACAUCGCCAUGAACUUCCUCGUCGCGCACAUCACUAGGAAACCGCCCGUCAAGGUGACGUCCCGCUGGACGUUCCGCUGCCCGGGCUGCCCGGUGACGUUGUCCGCGGACGAGACACACUUCCACGAGAGACAUAAAUGCAUACAGUUCUUUUCUCAGGUAAUGGGCUACACUCCGCUGCUAUCGACGCAGUACCGCGCCGACUCCGUCCUCUUCAAGACUCGAAUACCACACGACAAACAAAAAUGUUUCAAGUUCAUUUAGGGCUAUUUAAAUAACUUUCGAAGGCACUUAUUAAGAAAUCGUGGCAAUAUUGUAUGCCACAACUGCAGUGCGGUGACGUACGUCAAUGUCAAUCCCAUUCCAUUAUGUAAAACUACGGAGCGGCAACGCUCUGCGUCUACGCAAGGCAGCAAAACGGAGCAAUGAGGCCAUGCUCUAGUGGAAUAUUGCUCCGAUGUUAUCACUGUACGUACAGUGCACCAAAAGUAUAACAUUUAAAUGGCAUAAUAAGCCGUUUACAUCAAAUUUAUUGACAUAGCUCUGACAUAUACAUAAUUCAUUUCAAACACAUCGAACGAGUGAUAAAGUAAAUUUGGUCGUUUGGCAAAUUUUGCUUUUGUACAGUAUAUUAUCAUAAUAAACAAUAAUUAUUGUCAUGGCAUGACCUACCAAUGUGCUCUAAAAAUUGUAAAUGUAAAAUAAGUUAAUCAAAAUUGUAAAAUUAAGUAUUGGUUCAAGAGAUAACAAUCAGGACUUUAAAUAUUUCAGACGUCAUUAUUAAAACAUUUGAAAACCUAUUUAUUAGUGUUUGAAAAUAUCAGUAAAUGAUCGGCUAUAAAUAAAAAUACAAUCACGACCCACGCCAUCUUAUUGUCAAAUUUAGAUGACAUGUAAAGUUUACUCAUUAAUUAUUUUUUGCUUUUGCGUUAGUAGGUAUCUAGUUUACGAUGAUACGCAAUAAACGAAAAAAUAAACAACCUCCAUCGAAUCAAUGAGGGUUAUCCGCUCUCUGUAAACGCGUGUGUGUGGUUCUGUCACUUUGACAUAAAAAUGCCUGCGUACACAAACAACAGAAUUAUUAAAAUUUAAGUUGGUCAUGGACCUUAAUGUACACCAACACCCCUAGCAGCGAAAACACUAAAGUUACCUCAUUUAAUUGAUGCAUUGAGAUCAUAGUGACAAUAACUUUACAAGUACGUAUUGCUAGUACAUAAGUCACAUUAUCGAUAAUGGGAGAUUUUAUUAGAACAAUUUAAAUUAGAGAAAAACAAAUUGCUUUUGCAUAUGAAGGUAUAAACUAUGCAUUUACAUUUUAGUACCAAAUAAUCAAAGUGUUGUAAUUUUUAUUUUAAGUUUUUAGUUGUAAAAAAUUGUUUGAAGUUAUUGAAGGUGUUUCAAAUAAAAAAGAAUAAGGGUGGGUUGCACAGACAACUUUGACGUUAACUAUAACGCCCGCAGAAAAGCGCAAAGGAUGCUUUUUGUCUAAAAGUCAACGGCGCGCCGGUUAAAGUCAACAUAAAAUUUGACGCUGCAACUCACCUUAUCACUAUUAAGACUGAUAUGUAUGACAAAAAGAACCCUGCUAUAAUCUCACCUUCCGUAGAUGAAAUCAACAUAUCAGUUGGUAAGCUUGGAACUUAAGUGAGCAUUUUUUUAAAUAAUAUAUUUUUAUAAUUGUUUCGUAGAAAUGUACUAUGAUUUUUAAAAUAAUGUACACUGAUUUUUUAAAUUUAUAUAACUUAAUAACUUAAUGUUAUGCAAAUAUUGAUUUUGAAUAAAGCUGAUGUUUGUGUGUAUAUCAAAUGACUUUAGCAUUUAUUUGUAAUCAGGGAUAAUUCUUUCGUCGAUUUCAGUUUUAUCCUGAUCAGCCAAACAUCAUGUGUUCGAUUUUAUUUUAUAAAUGAAUUAAAUCGUUUUGCUAGUCAUUUCACGUGAAUUCACACUCAUUUUUUUACAUUUGUACAUAUAAAGCAUUUGGAACUAAGGGAAAAUAUAAGGCCAUGUGCUAUUUGACGUAAAUUGAAUAAUAUUCGUUUUAGUAACUUUUUAUUUAUAAUAAAUUGAUAAUUGCUAAGUACCUUUGUUUUUAAGCACAUGUACAUACUAAUGAAUGGCACAGAAUAUGAAUUUGUAAUGAGUAAGAACUAUUUAGUAUAUUAUAUAUUUUUGUUUGGAUUUUUUGGUGAGUCAAAAUGUAUAACAAUUGUAUGAAAAAAAUGUUUUAUUUAUUCUAUAGAUAGUAAAAUGUAUUUGUUUUAGGGUUCCGUACCUCAAAAGGUAAAAACGGAACCCUUAUAGGAUCACUUCGUUGUCCGUCUGUUUGUCUGUUCGUCUGUUUUAAAUUUUAGACCUUUAUUGUGGGUUUAUUGAAUGGAAACUCUGAAAUAUAAGUUCUAAUAAACGA